AUGGGAGGAUUCCGGUACACCUUGUUUGCCAUACUGUUGCUGGCCUCGUUAAUCCACGGUGCAAAGCGUAAAGUGGCUUGUAAAAACUGCUUGAAAAAUAAGGCUUCCCACCAUAACGGUAACCGAUUGAUAGCGAGUCCGAUAAACUUAUUAAACCCUGAUCGGUACGAGUUCUUCACGUUGGACGACAAAGGGAAAGUUGUAAAGCGCAUCAUGACCUUUAAUGAAAUCCAGAGCAUCGUUGCUGGAAGUGACGUCAGUGAACUCAAGCUGUUCACCAACGGUAACAAUAACGAACGCAUUGUGUCUAGUGUCGUUUCCAAUGUGCGCAACGUGCUAAACAACGAGCUUAAUCUCAUGAAUGGGCACGAAGGUGCUGACUUUGUUACAACGGAGCUUUCCAUUUCGGAUGUGAUUAGCGUACAGCGUGAGCCUAUUACGAGCUCAACGGCUAGUUCAUCGGAUCAAAUGAACGGGGGACCGUCGGAAAGACCUACAACGGAAUUACCGACGACAACACAAACGGAACAACUGUCCGAGAGGCCUGUACAAAGUAUACUACAGCAAUCAGAGUUAAUUACAUUGCUGAAGAGCACCGUAAAACAUGAGGUACUAAACACAACUGACCGAACGACGGAGAUUACCACGAAACCAACAACGACGUCCAGUUCAACAGAACGGACAACAAGGUCAACGACUGCCCAACCGCCAGCAAGCACCACCGAAAGAGCGACGACAGUGCGUACCACUCAACGCGCAACCGAGGGAUCACCACCGAAGUCAACGAUAGUAGUUUCUUCAUCCCGACCUGCCCUGAAAACAACGGAACAGACAACUGAACAUUCCUCAACCAGACCGAUGACCGAAAAACCGGAGACAACUAGAACAACGACACGACAAACUGAACGACCAACGGAAAAGUUCGCUACACAACACGUGAAAUCAACAGUGGCCACCACAAACAUGCGACCAACCGAAAUAGAGGUGGCUAAAUUAACAGAACAACCAAUGCUCCUUCCGGUGGAGUCUUCCACUCAGCCAACUCACGAAAGGUCGACGGAAAACUAUAUUGAACAAUUGGUUACUGAAUCCUCUGAAAAGUCUGUUGAGGAAUCCAUUUAUCCAAUAGAAGCUUCAGUGGAAAUUUCAUCCGAAGAAUCAACGGAGUUUACUAUUACAAAAGCUCCGCAAAUUUCAUCCCAAUUUUCCACUAAAAUAGAAAAUGAAAGCGAUUCGGACUAUUCUACCGAAAGCAGUAGUAGUAGCAUAACGACUGCAUCGUUGAUAUCAGGUUUUUUGGCAAGUACCAGUCUGCACCCUCUCAAAAAACCGGUCAGUGCUGACGGGCCGUCGAUGCCAGAAACAACUGAGUCCGAUAACAUUGCCGGAACGCUCAAGGAUUUGAUUUCAACCAGUACUAAUUUUGAAGAGGAUUCUUCCGAAACAUUCAAAACACCAACGGAAUCGGACACAUUGCUAACUGACGCGAUUGCUCAAUACAUCACCAACAUUCAGAGAGAGCCAGUCGUUACCACCGUGUUUGAGGAAGUGAGCGAUGAUAACGUAGAAAGCUCGAUAACGACAGUGGCAGUACACCCCGAAGAAACAACGCUAGGAAUGACCGCUUCUUACGAAGCACUACCAACUACUAUAGUGCUGGAAGGAGAAAAUGAUGCACAUUUGGAAGACUCGACCGAAGCUAGUAGUGAGGAGUCGGAAAGUACCCAAUCCUCUACUUGGGAACUGCCUGAAGUUGAGGUCACGACAGUAGAAAAUUUGAAAUCCAAACCAUCACAAAUGGAUAUCGUACCAUCCGAUGCACAGCAGGCCCUCCAUAAGAUCAUCGAAUCCUUGCAGUUUCCAGAUGAUGGGGCCGACAGCAAGGAAGCAAACAUGAAAUUCGCCCACAGCACUAUGAUUCCCGAGAUGGAUGUUGGACCGCUGACCUAUGAUACCGAUGCGCAAAACUCGAUUAACGCCAUCAUUCAGUCUUUGGGGCAAGGAUCCCUUUUCUCUGACGAAAAUUCGAUCAUGUCCGUCACUACCGAUGAAACUACGAGGUUCACUACGGUGACAGAGACUACACCAAAUACUACACCAUCAACAACAACAACUACAACAACCACAACAACCGCAUCAACUACAACAUCGUCAGAAAAAACGACCACGCCAAGACCGUCCUCUACAGCACAUACGACAUUUUCAGUUCCGGUUUCCAAAACGGCUUCUGCUACAGAAUCUUCUGAAACAGAUUUAUCCAGCAAUAUCAAUUACAACACAAACAUAAUGGACACGAUUGAAAAGUUUCUCAGUAAGUUUGCAGGUCUACCCAACCCUGAAACAUAUUCGGUGAAUAUGACGAAGAUGGAUGUUUUGAGCGACUUUCCUUCCGAGAUAAAUAUGACUGAUUACGUCGAUCGUACAGCAACAGUGGCGUCGGUUCUGAAAUUUCCUCACACAAAACCUGUUCAACUAGACCGGCCAUUGACUAAUCGGAACAACGUACAAUCGGAACCGGAGGAUCCAGAACUCUUGGAGGACACACCUGUGGAAUCAAUGUUGAACGAGACGGUAGCUUCGUUUAUGAAACUUGGCGAAAUGCUCUCGAUGGGCAGCAUUAUCAACACUUCCCCCGAGCCGACACAGGUGCAGGUGGAGUUGAAGACCGUCGUAGACGAAGAGGAAACGGAGCUGUUGCGGUUUCUUUCGAUCUGUGGAAACUUGGGUACCAACAUGUACCGUGAUUUGACGGAUACAUCGUUGUUACAUAGUCGCAGUCUGGUGUAUUCCCCUUUCGCGACUAUUACUACCUUAUCGAUGCUUUUCCUCGGAACACGCGGCACAACGGCGGAAAGCAUAAAUGGAGUCAUUGGACUGGAUGAAAUGACUUCCUUUAAUCCGCAUCUGUUCUUUAAAUCGAUCGCCGAUGACUUGCAGCCUCGUUACCGUCGCAAAGCCGUUCCAACCUUCGAAGGGUCCUCUUUUUCUCGCACGCUGUUGAGCGAUAGGACACAAGGCGGACUGCAACGAUUUUUCAAAGCACGUGUUCAGGAAAUCUAUUCUGCCGUUGCGGAGCCGAUAGAUUUUCAGCAAAAGGACGAAAUACUGCGGCAUAUGAGUGGAGAUUUUCCUAGAGAGUACGUUGAUACCCUGAAACAGUUGCGGGCACCGUUGAUAUCGAUAAGCAGAAAUCGUUAUCGGCACGAAUGCAAUAGUGCAACGUUGUACGGUGUGAUGAAUUUUCAGCGAAGUUCGGCAGAAGCCAUCUCGACCACCGCCUUGCCCAGCGUAACAUUCCGAUCGGGAUUCUCGACUGGUUUCUCGAAAUCCCUGAACGCGACGAUUGUAUCUUUACCAGGUUCAACCAGUAAUAUUUCAGUAUUUUUCCUGAAACCUGCAGAAAUUUCCGGCCAUUCUCAGGGUGGACUCGAAGCUCUGGAAGCUCAUGUUCACUCGCAGAGCAUUUCCAACGUCCUAAAGUUGUUCCCAGAUGAAACCGUGCGCACUGCUUAUGCCGAGGUGCAGUUGCCGCAUUUCACGCAGACCAGCAUGUACAAUAUGAGUCGCAGUAUUCGGCAGCUAGGACUGGAGAAUUUGUUCCAAUCGAAUACGGCCAACUUCAACGGACUUCAAGAUUCGACGAUUUCGAACAUGUACCUGUCAGAAACUAUCCAAACCGAUGCAUUUGCCUUAUGUGGCAGGGACGAACUAGUGACUAAAUCUUCGAUUGCGUUCCACAGUUUCUCAACUAACUUACCGAAACAUGCUUCUGUAGCUGCAAUUGGAAAUUCCACAGCAAAACGGACCUCACGGAAGAACCGGUCAGUCGCCGACGUUGGGCGGGCUAACGACAGAAUGUUAGUAUUUGAUACACCCUUUUUAUACUUAGUGAGACACAAUCCAACAGGUUUGUUCCUGUACGUAGGGCGAUUCCUGGGAUAA